GGCCUGGCCAAGCGGCCCAAGCUGCCGCCCGCACCGCCGCUCAGCGCGCUGGGCCGCCUGGCCGAGGCCGCCGUGGCCGAGAAGCGCGCCAUCUCGCCCUCCAUCAAGGAGCCAUCCGUCAUCCCCAUCGAAGUUGUCCCCACGGUGCUGCUGGAUGAGAUCGAGGCGGCAGAGGCAGAGGGCAAUGACGACCGUAUCGAGGGGGUGCUGUGCGGGGCUGUGAAGCAGCUAAAGAUGAACAGGGCCAAACCUGACACCACCCUGUACCUGAGCCUCAUGUACCUGGCCAAGAUCAAGCCCAACAUAUUUGCCACCGAGGGCGUCAUUGAGGCACUGUGCAGCCUUCUCCGGAGAGAUGCCUCCAUCAACUUCAAAGCGAAAGGGAACAGCCUGGUGUCGGUCUUGGCUUGUAACCUUCUCAUGGCGGCUUACGAGGAGGAUGAGAACUGGCCGGAGAUCUUUGUGAAGGUGUACAUUGAGGACUCAUUGGGGGAGCGCAUCUGGGUGGACAGCCCUCACUGCAAGACCUUCGUGGAGAAUAUCCAGACAGCGUUCAACACUAAGAUGCCCCCAAAGAGCAUGCUGCUGCACGGGGAGGUGGGGCGCAGCGGAGGUGACCUCAGCGCUGGGAGUAGCCCCCACCCCUCCAUGCCAGAGGAGGAGGACAGCCAGAGUGAGCUACUGAUUGCAGAGGAGAAGAUGAGCCCAGAGCAGGAGGGACAGCUUAUGCCCAGGUACGAGGAUCUGGCAGAGAGUGUGGAAGAGUAUGUCUUGGACAUGCUGCGAGACCAGCUCAACCGGCGCCAGCCCAUGGAUAACGUGUCCAGGAACCUCCUUCGCCUGCUAACUGCAACCUGUGGAUACAAGGAGGUGCGGCUCAUGGCUGUCCAGAGGCUGGAGAUGUGGCUGCAGAACCCAAAGCUGACCAGACCAGCCCAGGACUUGCUCAUGUCGGUCUGCAUGAACUGCAAUACUCAUGGCUCCGAGGACAUGGAGGUCAUCUCCAACCUGAUCAAAAUCCGCCUCAAGCCCAAAGUUCUUCUCAACCACUACAUGCUGUGUGUUAGGGAGCUGUUGAAUGCGCACCGAGACAACCUGGGCACCAUGAUCAAGUUUGUGAUUUUCAAUGAACUUUCCAAUGCAAGAAACCCCAACAACAUGCAGAUCCUGUACACAGUGCUGCAGCACAGCUCGGAGCAAGCACCAAAGUACCUGGCGAUGGUGUUUCAGGAUCUCCUGACUAACAAGGAUGAUUACUUGCGGGCCUCACGGGCGCUGCUGCGAGAGAUCAUCAAACAAACGAAGCAUGAAAUCAAUUUCCAGGCUUUCUGCCUGGGUCUCAUGCAGGAGCGGAAGGAGCCCCAGUAUCUCGACAUGGAAUUCAAGGAGCGAUUUGUCAUCCAUGUAACAGACUUGUUGGCUGUCUCCAUGAUGCUCGGCAUAACGGCCCAAGUGAAGGAGGCUGGGAUUGCAUGGGAUAAAGGAGAGAAAAAGAAUCUGGAGGUGCUGCGCUCCUUCCAGAACCAGAUCGCAGCAAUCCAGCGAGAUGCUGUUUGGUGGCUCCACACUGUUGUUCCAUCUAUCAGCAAACUGGCACCAAAGGACUACGUGCACUGCCUCCACAAGGUGCUGUUCACAGAGCAACCAGAGACAUACUACAAAUGGGACAACUGGCCCCCUGAGAGUGACCGCAAUUUCUUUCUUCGCCUCUGCUCUGAGGUGCCCAUCCUGGAAGAUACGCUCAUGCGAAUCCUGGUGAUUGGUUUGUCACGGGACCUUCCCCUUGGCCCUGCUGAUGCUAUGGAGCUUGCUGACCACCUGGUGAAACGGGCUGCAGCUGUUCAGGCGGACGAUGUAGAGGUUCUGAGAGUGGAGAGAAUCCAGCUGAUUGAUGCAGUCCUGAACUUGUGCACUUACCACCACCCAGAGAACAUCCAGCUGCCAGCAGGGUAUCAGCCUCCAAAUCUAGCUAUCUCUACUCUCUACUGGAAGGCUUGGCCUCUUCUCCUCGUCGUGGCUGCGUUCAACCCUGAAAACAUUGGUUUUGCUGCCUGGGAGGAGUACCCCUCACUGAAGAUGCUCAUGGAGAUGGUUAUGACCAAUAAUUACUCCUACCCUCCCUGCACCCUGACGGAUGAAGAGACCCGCACAGAGAUGAUUAAUCGCGAGCUUCAAAUCUCUCAGCGGGAGAAGCAGGAAAUUCUGGCAUUUGAGGGUCACUUGGCUGCUGCAUCCACAAAGCAAACUAUUACAGAGAGCAGCAGCCUCUUGCUGUCUCAGCUGACCAGCCUGGACCCACAGGGCCCCCCACGCAGACCUCCACCACAUGUCCUGGAGCAGGUGAAAAGUCUCAAUCAGUCCCUGCGCUUAGGGCACCUUCUCUGUCGCAGCCGCCACCCGGACUUUCUGCUCAACAUCAUCCAGAGGCAGGCCUCCUCCCAGUCCAUGCCAUGGCUGGCAGACCUGGUGCAGUCCAGCGAGGGCUCCCUGGAUGUCCUUCCGGUGCAGUGCCUUUGCGAGUUCCUGUUGCAUGAUGCUGCUGAUGAGUCUGCCUCCGGUGAGGAAGAGGAGGAGGGAGAGAGCAAAGAGCAACGUGCCAAGAAGCGCCAGAGGCAGCAGAAGCAAAGGCAGCUGUUGGGGCGUCUGCAGGACUUGCUCUUGGGCCCCAAAGCUGAUGAGCAGACAACAUGUGAAGUGCUUGACUACUUUCUGCGGCGCCUCAGUUCAUCCCAGGUGGCCUCACGUGUUCUGGCCAUGAAGGGCCUGUCCUUGGUGCUGUCGGAAGGGGGACUGCGCGAUGGAGAGGAGAAAGAUCAUCCUAUGGAAGAAGACUCUGGUGACUCUGAACUCCUGCAGGGGUAUCAAUGGCUGCUUAGGGAUUUACCACGCCUGCCGUUGUUUGACAGUGUUAGGGUGACUACAGCUCUUGCCUUGCAACAAGCUAUCCACAUGGAGACUGACCCUCAGACCAUCAGUGCUUAUUUGGUAUACCUUUCCCAGCAUGCACCAGUGGAGGAGCAGGGACAGCACAAUGACUUAGCUCUGGAUGUGGCCAGGCUCAUUGUGGAGCGCUCCACCAUCAUGUCCCACCUCUUCUCUAAGCUCUCCUACUGUGCUGAGUCGGACGCAGUGCUGGUUGCUCUGCUCUGUGUCUUCUCUCACUACAUCAGACGCAUGCGCCAGAGCAAGGAAGGCGAGGAAGUGUACAGCUGGUCUGAGUCCCAGGAUCAGGUGUUCCUGCGCUGGACCAGUGGGGAAACUGCCACGAUGCACAUCCUUGUGGUCCAUGCCAUGGUCAUCCUGCUGACCCUGGGACCUCCUCAAGUAGGGGACAGUGACUUUUACACCUUGCUGGACAUCUGGUUCCCGGAAAAGAAGCCGCUCCCCACAGCCUUUCUUGUGGACACCUCAGAGGAGGCUCUGCUGCUUCCUGACUGGCUCAAGCUGCGCAUGAUCCGCUCCGAGGUUCCUCGCCUAGUGGAUGCAGCUCUGCAGGACCUGGAACCCCAGCAACUGCUUCUCUUUGUUCAGUCCUUUGGUAUCCCAGUCUCCAGCAUGAGCAAACUCCUUCAGUACCUGGAUCAGGCAGUAUCCCACGACCCCCAGACACUGGAGCAGAACAUCAUGGACAAGAAUUACAUGGCUCAUCUUGUAGAAGUUCAGCAUGAGAGAGGAGCUACUGGGGGCCAGACCUUCCACUCUCUGCUUACCGCCUCUCUGCCAACACGCCGAGACAGCACGGAGACACCGAGGCCAAAAAUUAGUCCCGAGACCCCGCAAGGACAGGGCAGGAUUCGGGCCCUGACGCAGAUCCGGGUCCUGGGCCCAGAGGAUGACCUGGCAGGCAUGUUUCUUCAGCUCUUUCCCCUGAACCCUGAUCCCCGGUGGCAGAGCUCAAACCUGCGCCCCAUCUCCCUGGCAUUGCAGCAGGCCCUGGGGCAGGAGCUGGCCCGCAUCCGCCAGGGGAAUGUGCAGACGGCAGGGAUUGCAGCCCGUCUCCUCCAGGCAGUGGCAGCGUUGCUGAACUCUCCACACAGUGGGACCCUGGUCAUGGCAAUGCACCACAACCACUUCAUCUCCUGCCCACUGAUGCGGCAACUCUACCAGUACCAGCGCUGCAUGCCCCAGGACACGGCCUUCUCUUCGCUCUUCUUUAAAGUUCUUAUGCAGAUGCUGCAGUGGCUGGAGAACCCUGCUGUGGAAGAUGGGCCUCUGAAUGCCCAGCUCAAGUCAUUUGCUGUGCAGUACUCAGCGCGGCACAGGAUCAAUGACGUCCGCAGUGGCUUCCUACACCUGGCUGAAGCACUGGCAUUCCGUCGGGAUCCCGACUUGGUUAGCUCCACACUGCGCACUGUCAUCACAACCGUGAAAUCAGGAGAGAAGUGCAACGUGGAGCCAGAGCUUGUCAGCAAAGUCCUCCAAGGUCUGAUUGAGACACGCUCUCCUUAUGUGGAGGAGCUUCUGACCACCCUCUUUGCUGCUGUUGAGACCACAGCCCGGUUUCCUGCCAUGAGACCAAUUGCUGUAGUGAGCUCUCUGCUGCUCCAGGAGAAAGAGGAGACGCCUGUGAAGAAGGAGAUGGAAAGCUGCAGUGGUGAGGUUGCUUGGCUAGGGCCAUCCUCAGGCCUUUUCAUUGACUGGCUGGAGAUGCUGGAUCCAGAAGUCAUCAGCAGCUGCCCAGACCUCCAGCAAAGGCUGCUUUUCUCUUGGAACAAGGCCAAGGAUCAGUCUGGAUCCCAGAUACCCUCUUUUCGUCCAUACCUAUUGGCUCUCCUCACUCAUCAGUCGAGCUGGACCACACUGCACCAGUGCAUCAGGCUUCUGCUUUGCAAAAACCGGGAGCAGAGGUUUGACCCAACUGCAUCCUUGGAUUUCUUGUGGGCCUGCAUUCACAUCCCACGGAUCUGGCAGGGCAGGGACCAGAGAACUCCCCAGAAACGUCGGGAAGAGUUUGUGCUCCAGCUGAAGGCACCGGAGUUAAUCAGCAUGGUGGAGCUAGUCCUGGCUGAGGCAGAAACCCGGAGCCAGAGCACAGAGGAGGCCUCUUGCACACUCAUCCAGUCACGGCUGCCCCUGUUGCUCAGCUGUUGCCAUGGGGAUGUGGAGAGCAUUAAAAAAGUAACAGAGUAUCUGACUGGCUGCAUCCAGCAGUGGGGGAACAGCUCAGUGGGGAAAUGCUGCCAAGACCUUCUCCUGCAGAUCUACCUGCAGCUCCCAGAGCUCCUCAUACCCAUGCCUGAGAUGCUACUGACCAGCGAGGGCGCCACAGACGGCAGCACCUGUAAGCUUGAUGCCCUGGUUCACAGAUUCAUCACCCUUCUGGCAGACACCAGUGAUUCCAAGUCAUCUGAAAGCCGUGUGUGGGAUGCCAACAUGGCAUGCAGGAAGCUGGCUGUGGCUCACCCCAUCCUUCUGCUUAGGCACUUGCCAAUGAUUGCAGCUCUGCUGCAUGGGCGUGUUCAUCUCAACUUCCAGGAGUUCAGACAGCAGAACCACCUGACUUUUUUCAUCCAUGUCCUGGGCAUCCUGGAGCUUCUGCAGCCACAGGUGUUCCAGAACGAACACCAGGUGGCUCUGUGGGACUGUCUUCUCUCCUUCAUUCGCCUGUUGCUGAACUACAGGAAGUCCUCCCGUCACCUGGCCGCCUUCAUCACCAAGUUCGUCCAGUUUAUUCACAAGUACAUCACAUGCAACCCCCAGGCCGCUGUGUCCUUCCUGCAGAAACACGCUGACCCACUCCAUGACCUCUCAUCAGAUAACAGUGACCUAGCAAUGCUGAAGUCUCUCCUGGCUGGGCUGAGCCUGCCCAGUAAGAGUGGCAUCUCGGACAGAGGCUCUGAAGAGGAAAAGGAUGAUGAAGCAGCAGCGGGCUCCCUCCCACUGGUCAGCAUGUCUCUCUUCACCCCCCUCACCCCAGUGGAAAUGGCCCCAUACAUGAAGAGGCUUUCCAGGGGCCAGACUGUCGAGGACAUCCUGGAGGUGCUGACUGACAUCGAUGAGAUGUCCAGACGGAGACCAGAGAUCCUGGCCUUCUUUGCUACUAACCUACAGAAGCUGAUGAGCUCUUCAGAGGAGUCCUGCCGGAACCUGGCCUUCAGCCUUGCGCUGCGUUCCAUUCAGAACAACCCCAGAGUUGCUGCAGACUUCCUCCCCACAUUCAUGUACUGCCUUGGCAGCCGAGACUUUGAAGUAGUACAGACAGCACUGAGAAACCUGCCGGAAUACACCCUUCUUUGCCAAGAGCAUGCGGCAGUGUUACUGCACAGGGCCUUCCUGGUUGGGAUGUAUGGACAGAUUGACACCAGCUCCCAGAUUUCAGAGGCCCUGAAGGUUCUCCACAUGGAAGCCAUGAUCUGAAUGUCACCGUCCCAGGAGCUCAUCUUUUGGAGGAGAUGAAUACUUCGGACCUGUCCAUUUGGGUUGAAUCCUGGGAGAAAGCAUUUGUGUUUCAGCCCCCAUGCACUGGAGUGGACAAGAGACACCAGGGAAGGCAGCCUAACUGUGAGAGGAGAGGGCUCGCACCUGGGCUUUCACCAGUAGCAGGUCCUGCUCAGGACAUCACUUCUUGGGGAUCAGAACAGCCCUGGGCACUACACAUUAACAGGGACCAUUCCUUCAUGGGCACCUUGGACAACAUUUACCCAGUUCCAUUGGGCAGCAGCUGUACUCUCCACCUUGGACCCACGGUGCUGUUGGCUGUGGACUGGGGAAGGGAACUGGCCACAGGGUUCCCAAGGCUUGUGUUCUCUCCCUUACUUGCUGGAGGGAACACUGAAAUCCCUACAGUGAGAGACUCGUCAUUAUUUUGUGAUUCUUUUUUAAAUUAAAUCUCUCCUGGUUUCCAUCCU